AUGUGGUAUCAAGUAUUUUUAUGGGCGUUGUUUUCGUCAAUGUUUGUACAUAUUAUAGCAGCACUGAUUGCAUUCUGUAGAUUAAGGAAACAUAAGAUAGGUGCUGCUGUGGCAGGUUUAUAUCGAGCUGCAGAUUUUGAAAUGAUGCCGUUUUAUGCGUUAGUGUGGGGCGUUGGACAGAGUAUUAUUGUGUCUUUUGUGUCAUUUACAAGAAUAUUAGCCACAUUAUAGAAUUAAAAAAAAUUACCAUGAAGAAACGAACUGAAAUAGUUUUCAUCUUGGAUUGAUCUGUGAUCAUGGUGAAAAGGAGUGUAUAGAGGUUUUAUGUGGAAUUCUAACAAUAUGUGACUUUACAUAAUAACAAAUUUUUUUUUUUUUUUGUUUCUAAAGAUGAAAUCUCUUAACGUAAUUGCAGUGCUGUGAACUAGUUUCUCCAACACCUUUAAUAUCCCAAACACAUAUCAAUAUUCUGAACAUGUAGCAAUAUCAGAACACUCAGCAGCAUCCAAAACAUGUAAGAAAUUCCAUAACAUGUUACAGUAUCUAAAAUGGUUUAUUCAAUGUGUAGUCAUGACUUGUGCAAUAAUUCAAUAUGAUUCAUCAGACAGGAAGAUUAUACAACCAGCGGCUUUAUACAGGAUUAAUAGAGAAAAGACUUCAGACUCCCGAUAGGACCUAAUCUGGUGUGUGUCAACAAUGUCUUGUUGUUAGCAUGGGACAAAAAACAAGGUUCUGUUACACAUUGGUAUGCAUCACCUUCCGGACAAAAUUUCACUCAUAGCACACUGUAUUGCAUACAUUUGUCUUCAUUAGCCUUGUUGGAGCAGAAAAGUGGUGCUUUAAACCCCAUAUCGUUUCAAGUGUGCGUCAGCUGUGUAUAUAGAAGUGUGUGGUGGUAUUCAACAUUAAUCAACAGUGAAAAGUUUUGACAAGACAUGUGUGUAAUUUAUAUUUUGUGCGGCGGUGUUCAGACAAAAACAGAAGAUUUCUUUGAUACAAACUGGUUCUGUAUUGCUGUCAGUCCCAGAUUAAGGGGAUUACAGACUGGGUCACUGCCAGGUGCCCAAAUUAUUUUAUUCAUUAGGUUUUUGCCAAAUAAAUCUACCAUGACAUACAAA